UUUCAUAAAGCAGCUUAUCCAAAAAUUCGAAUCUCUUCUACCCUUAAUUGAACGCUGGUCCGAUCCAGAAUCUUGUUUGGUUAACCCAUCGUAAAUGCACACAUGUAAAUAUAUGUAAAUUCAAAUAGCAUCGCGUGACCAGACAAUUAGAAGCGUGCGGUUUAUCUGAUAACCAUCUGCCCGUCAAAUCGCGCCCGUUUAUUCCCGCUUAAACAAAUUUCGGACGACCAGUCGCUGAGUGAUCCAAUGGAGAAGGACGUGGAAGGCGCCAAGCAGACCAAAGAGUCGGAAUGCCAGAACGGCGUGAAGAAACCGAAACGGAAGUUCCCCGGCUUCCGGAAGAACCUCCUGGACUACUUCCAGGAGUUCACCGGCAACACGGGCAUACACGGCUUCAAGUACAUGGGCGAGCAGGAGCGCACCUCCUGCGAGAAGUUCUCCUGGGUGAUACUCUUCUGCGUGUCGCUGUACAUCUGCAUCAACCUCAUCAUCCAGACGUACCUGAAGUGGGACAUGUCGCCGGUGCUGGUGAGCUUCGCCAAGAGCCCCACGCCCGUCUGGCAGGUGCCCUUUCCGGCCGUCACCAUUUGCUCGGAGACCAAAACCAGGCAGACGGUCUACAAUUUCACGGGCGCCUACGAUCGGCUCACUCACGGCGAAAACCUCACAGACGAUGAGAUGAAGCGCUUCUCGGACAGCAGCUUGAUAUGCGACAAUCACUUGUACAACGACGGGAAGAAGUACACCGAUUCCGAUACCAUCGAUUACCUCAUGAGCGUAGCGCCGCAAUUCAGCGACAUCUUCGCCAGCUGCAAGUGGACCCUUCUGAACGAAAGCUGCGAAAAUUUCUUCGUGCCUCUGCUCACCGAAGAGGGACUGUGCUUCACCUUCAACAUGUUGAACAGAGACGAGGUGUUCAGGGACAGAGUUUACUUGAACGACAAAUACAUGUCGCACGGUUCGCACUCGAAAGGCUGGUCGCUGGAAGACGGCUAUCCCAAGGACGCUGCGAAGGACACGUUUCCUCGAAGGGCAAUGGGCGCCGGCUCGUACGCCGGCUUCUUCCUCGUCCUCAAAGCCAACAUCUUGGACUUCGACUACAUCUGCAAGGGCCCCGUGCAAGGGUUCAAGGUGCUGCUGCACAACCCGUCGGAGUUGCCGCGCAUGUCCCGCCAGUACUUCCGCGUGCCGCUGAACCAGGAGGUGGUGGUGUCCGUCAAGCCGGACAUGAUGACCACGUCGUCAGGGCUGCGCGGCUACAACCCGCACCGGCGCCAGUGCUACUUCCCCACCGAGCGGUACUUGUCUUUCUUCCAGAGCUACACGCAGCAGAAUUGCCAGAUCGAAUGCCUGGCUAAUAUCACGCUGGAGAGGUGCGGCUGUGUUGCCUAUCACAUGCCCCAUGAAAAUGAGACGAAAAUCUGCAAUUCUGGGAGUCAAGUGUGCAUGUUCGAAGCUCAAAACGAGCUGCUGGCAAUGGACGUGGACGCCGGUCUGCAGACCGCCGCCUCCACGGAGGUGCCUCUGGGCUGCGACUGCCUGCCGGCCUGCACCUCGUUGACCUACAACGCGGAGUACUCGCAGGCGACCUACGAGUACGAGAAGAUGUUCGAGGCGUACCGGGUGAACAUCACGGCGGAGUGGCCGAACACCCAUCUGUCGCGCGUGACGUUGUUCUUCAAGGAGCAGCAGUUCAUCACGUCCGAGCGCAACGAGCUCUACGGCCAGACGGACUUCCUGGCGAAUUGCGGCGGGAUCUUGGGAUUGUUCACCGGUUUCUCGUUUCUGUCGAUCAUCGAAAUCCUGUAUUUUUUGACGUUGAGGUUGAUGUGCAACAUCAAGCACUACGGCAGGCAUUAUUGGUCGGGGUCGGUCAGGUUGCUGGACCAUCCGCAAUAUCGCAAUCCCAAAUCGAAGGAUUGAUCGAUUUAUUUUCGAUGUAAAUGCACUAUUUAGUGUAUCAUUGCACUCUAAAGAUUACUUGCACACUUUUAUUCUGAUGCACUAGGGACUGUUCUACCCAACCCUUCUACAAUGUGAUAAAACAAAUAAAUAUUUUUCAGUGUUUUAUUUCAG